UCAACUCUUGCCACCUCCUCGCCUUGUUCGCUCAGCUAGCUCUGAUCCAUGGUUAUCUAGUCGCUAGCGUCGAGCACCUAAUUUCACUAUGCGUAUUAUGACCAGCAUCUCAGGACAACCUACCAUAGAGAACCCUUCCCAGAACAAGCCUCAACUAGGAAGAGGUAAAAUGCCAUCUCACACAAACGUCGUAGCAGCGGCGAGCCAUGUCCGUCAAAUAUUUGAGAACAAAAAGCUUGCCUACAGUAUCAUGGGAGCAUUCGAGAUGUUUUGCCUAGGGAGUGGGCGCCCAGUAUCCGACCUAUACUUUGCAUAUGAACACAAAGACUCCAGUCGUAUCAAGAAAAAGCUCGAGGCAGAUCGACGUAUUGUGUUGAUCGAUGGCAUGAACCCGUUGACACCAUCGAAGAUAUUGGUGCAAACAGGGCCUGCAUACCAUGAUGUAGGAUGCACAAGCUCUGCAGCAGUCGAAGUAUACUUGCUACCAUCAGGUUUAUAUGGAACACCUCCCAGCGGCACCCUCAAAGACAAUAUAGUCCUGUUGGGCAACAACACUGCGGGCAUGCUUAGGACUUUUAAAGGCCUAAACAUGUUGUACCUGGUCAAGUCGCUCAUUGAGUUCUGUAAACUUCGCGACCUGAGCUGGAACCCUAUGGAGAACCUGCUGCUUCUAUGCGAGCGCUACGGAGGCCAGGUUCAAUCGGUUCGGAAUCAGUUGGAGCAGAAAGCGGCAUACCAAAACUUUCUCAAUACACCUUUCUUCGCAGGCUUAUCAUGUGAUCAACAGCGCAGAUGCUAUCAAAUACUAACUGGACAAGCACCACCGACUGCCACCGCAACGAAUUUCUCGCUCCCUCAAAAUGGCUCAUCACGAUCGCGUUCCGCCGCCGAUAUACCAACCACCCAGUCUAUCUCUGAUAACUCGUCGCCAAACAUCUCCCAGGGCCUUCGGCAGAUGGAAAAGGAGAAGCCUUCACUGAGACACACCCUCGAUAUCGGGUCUUCUUCUGGAAAUCCUUCUCUAAAUUCCUCAAGAUUACAAGAGGUUACGCCAUCAGUAGGAGAUUCAAGAUCAAGAUAUCGUACCAUCAGUACUAUCAACACUAGGCGCGUGUCUAGCGGCCCGCAACUAAGUCUCAAAAUACCUAAUGAAUCAGUCGGAGCCUCACACACAUACCGAAAAACUUCAGCGCCAAUGCAAAGUAUUCCGCCUCUCCCAGCUCAACCAUCCAAGCCAAACACUCAGAUCUCCCCGACGCCAAAUUCUCUUCCAAGUAUUCAAACCAGACGCUCUCUAACAAGAUCCGGCGCCCAACGCGUAGGAUCACGCGGAUCAUAUAUCCCUAACCAAACACACACUUCUGACCCUAUUUCCUUGCCUCAAAAACAUCCCAAACGCCAUACAGCGGCUUUUGAAAUGUCCGCAACCCCCAUACAACUCAAAGACCCUCAAGUACCCACCGAACCACACGAAGAACACACAGAACAAAAACAAAAAAGACUCCAAGUAGUCGGUCCAAACGGCCUAUACCAACCCUCCUCUCCACCCCCAACCUCCGCUCUCCCAUCCCCACCAACAUCCUCGCACAAAACCGACUCACCACCCAACCCAAUUUACGAACUCGACUCCCUUCCUCCUCGCACCCUGUCCUCCUCCUCAAACGACCACGGCGACAACGAAGAAGAAGACGAAGAUAUCAUCACAUCCCUAACCGCAGACAUCGAAUCCGCCAUGACGCCUCGGGCCACACUUUCGCAUCCCCUCAGCAUAAACAUACAAACCGCGUCUCCACCUUCAAUCAAGAGAAACACACUACCUGCGAGUUUGAUACCAGGUUACGUCAACACACAAAGACCGUACACGCCACCAGACGACGAGCAAGAUGAGUCGGCGGAACAGGGAUCAAGAGGAAUGUUGUGGGAGGGUGACACAACGGGUCUAGCGUCGCCGCCGCUUACGCCCGCGCCGCUGGCAGUCUACAAGGCGUACCGGCCGCCGCCGUUGGCGGUGGGGACGCGGAGUGCGAGUUGGAUGGAGGAGGAGGAGAGGGUGAGAGAAGCGCGGUGUGCGGAUAAAGAAUGGAAUGGGGGAAAUGAUGCACGAACAUCGGUAGAGGAAUUGUUGGAUUCGAGUAUAUUGGCUAUGGAGUACCAGGCUGAGUUACCGGAGUUUGAUCACGGUUAUGGGGGGUAGAUUUGAAGCGCGAAAAAAGCAAAUUGCCCACACAGAAGGAGAGUAAUGGAAGGAAUAAUGUAUAUUGCAAUCAUUUCGACAAAAAAGGGUAUAUACGCCUAUAUUCUCCCAUGUACAAUAGUAACAACCGA